AUGCUUCUACUUAUCAUCAUUUCAUCAUUAAAUAUUAAUGGCUUGCUUUCUGAACCGGCGCAACCAAAAACGGGUGAUUAUCUCAAUAGUUCGACAACAGUCCCCGCUUUCCCGGUCCAGACGGAGCCUCAGACAUGCCGGCUGGACCUGUCGGCCGAACUGUUUGGCGGCGUAAACGCAGCCUGCGGCCGCAAGCUGGACCGGAGCAGGUGCUGUCCGGUGCUGGCUGCGUGGCUUUUCGCUGCGCACGCCACUUCGGCUCUACAGUUGACACAUACACCUCCGUCAACGAUUACCAACGACAUGCCAAUGAUUCCUGACGACUCAGAGAAGUGCGUAGACUCGCUGCAGGACUCCCUACAGAGCCGCAACAUCCAUAUUCCCCAGCCCAAUGCAUCUUGCGACGCCGUCUUGUGCUUCUGUGGCAUCCGGCUCCACCAGCUCACCUCCCUCAGCUGUCCUGCGGCGUUUAAUAUUACUGAGAAUCACAUAAACGCCACUCCCUCUGCCGCUGUGAGGAAUUUGGAGCACAAUUGCCGGAAUUCUUCAAAUGCCGGUUGUUCAAAGUGCAUUGGUGCUCUGCAAAAGUUGAAAGGCGAUGGUGAAAGUGGAAGAAAAGAAAUUGAGCGCGAAAAGGAUGAUCGAGCAAGCAAGAUGUUGAACCGAGAUUGCCAGCUCAUGGGCUUGACAUGGCUGCUGUCUCGUAACAAGACGGCAUACAUACCCACUGUAUCCGCUGUAUUACGGGCCAUCAUGUACAGUACAGAUGAGUCCAAGUGCAGUCUCGACCAAGAAAAUAUGCCGUUAGCCGUUGAUUCCCUUCAGUUGGAGAAGUACGAUUCCUCCUCAUCGUCCCUCUCGACGUUGUGGCUUUCACAAUUUCUUACAUUUUCUAUUCAUAUUUUCCUUUUAAUAUUCUUGGUUUAG